AUGACGCAUAAAACUAUGAUGUCAACAUUAAUUUCUUAUGUGAUCUCUAAUGAACAUAUAAGUAUGUUAAUAUUCUUAAGUCUGGUAGCCAUACUAACGUUUCUGGUAUGGUACUAUUUUAUCCGCCCAAUGUCCCAUUUUUCAAAAAUGGGAAUACCACAAAGUAAUCCAUGGCCUUUCCUGGGAGACCAAUGGAGAAUGUUCUUUUUAAAAAUAAGUUUUUUUGACUUUAUUAAUUGGGCCUAUGAGCAAUUCCCUAAAUCAAGAUACUCUGGAUUCUAUCAAUUUAAUACACCUGCAUUACUUAUUCGUGAUCCAGAAUUAAUAAAGCAAAUUACGAUUAAAGAUUUUGAUUCUUUUACUGAUCACAGAAGUUUUGCUGAUCCUGAGGCUGAUCCUUUAUGGGGUGGAAAUAUUUUUUCUCUUAAAGGGCAAAGAUGGAGAGAAAUGAGAGCAACAUUAAGCGGUUCUUUUACAAGCAGCAAAAUGAAAAAUAUGUUUCAUUUAAUGAACGAAACUGCUGAAGUCUUUGUUUAUUUCUUUUUAACUAAAAAUCAGAAUUAUCUUGAACUUGAAAUGAAGGAUUAUUUCACAAGAUAUACAAAUGACGUUAUUGCUAGUGCUGCUUUUGGUAUAGAGGUCAAUUCUCUUAAAAACCCAGAUAAUAUAUUCUAUCAUAUGGGAAGAAAACUAACCAAUCUAACGGAUAUUAUCUCGCGAAUAAAGUUUUUUGGUUACAUGGUAUUUCCAAAAGUUUUUAAGUUAUUUAAAAUUGGUUUAUUUUCAAAUGAUGUUUCUAAAUUCUUCAGUAAUAUUGUUACGCAAGCUAUUAUAUUUAAAGAAAAAGAAGACAUUAAGAGAUUUGAUAUGUUAAGUGUUUUGUUGGACGCAAGAAAAGGCAUUCAAACAGAUGUAGCUAAUGUUGGGGAAACUGGUUUUGCAACGGUAAAGGAAUAUAAUACCGGCAAAUUUAAACAGUUUAAGGCACUAACAAAUCAAGAUAUUAUAUCACAACUUGUACUUUUCUUUUUUGGUGGUUUUGAUACAAUUUCUACGGUGAUGUGUUUUGGAUCUUAUGAACUCGCUUUGCACAAAGAUAUCCAAGAUAAGUUAAGAGCCGAAAUAAACGACGUAUUUAAUCAAAAUAAUGGAAAACUGAGUUACGAUGUUGUGCUUCAAAUGAAAUACUUGGAUAUGGUCGUUUGUGAAAUACUAAGAAAAUGGAGCCCAGCUAAUGGAAUAGAUCGAGUAGUGACUAAGCCUUACACAAUUCAACCAGUCAAUGAAAACGAAAGACCGGUUCACCUAAAGGCAGGAGAUGUGUGUAUUUUGCCAAUUGGAGCAAUUCAUAGAGAUCCUGCAUAUUAUCAAGAUCCUUUAAAAUUCAUUCCAGAGAGGUUUUCAGAUCAAAACAAAGCUAAUAUUAUACCUUAUACUUACUUACCGUUUGGUUCAGGACCGCGAAAUUGUAUUGGUUCCAGGUUUGCCUUAUUGGAAGUAAAAGCUUUACUUUUCCACUUAUUGUACCAUUUUGAGAUUGUUCCUACUAGUAAAACACCCAUUCCUCUAAUAUUAGAUCAUCGCUCAUUUAACUUAACUGCUAAAGGUGGAUUUUGGUUUGGACUAAAGAAAAUAGUCAUAAGAGAAAACUUCAUCAUGAUAUGGUUUAUAUUGACUGUUACCACAGUCAUACUGUUUUGGUAUUGUUUUGUUAGACCUAUGUCCCACUUUACACGUUUAGGAGUAAAACAAUCAAAUCCAGUUCCAUUUUUUGGUGAUCAAUGGAAGUUCUUUCUAAAAAAAACCAGCUUCUGUGAGUUUAGUGAAUGGGUCUAUAAUAUGUUUCCCAAUGAGAGAUACUCUGGUUUCUACCAGUUUACUGUACCAACUUUAGUUUUAAGAGAUCCAGAUUUGAUUAAGCAAAUUGCUGUUAAGGAUUUUGAACAUUUUACUGAUCAUAGGACGUUUAUUGAUCCUGAAGCAGAUCCUCUAUGGGCGCAUAAUUUGUUUGCUUUACGAGGUCAACGUUGGAGAGAAAUGAGAGCUACCCUUAGUGGAAGUUUUACAAGCAGCAAAAUGAAAAACAUGUUUUAUUUAAUGGAUGAAGCUGCGAAAAAAUUUGUUCAAAACUUUGUAAAUAGUGAAAAAGGUUUGGUCGAAGUUGAAUUUAAAGAUGCUUAUACAAGAUAUACAAAUGAUGUUAUUGCUACGACUGCUUUUGGAAUUCAAGUUGAUUCAUUGGCAGAUGCUAAAAAUGAGUUUUACUUAAUGGGGAAAGAACUGACAAACUUAGGAACUUUUACACAAAGAAUGAAAUUUUUUGGAUUUUUCAUAAUUCCACAGUUCUUUAAAAUAAUGAAAAUAGGACUAUUCUCAAAAAAAGCUGGAAACUUUUUCAGUAAUGUUAUUAAGGAAAAUAUAAAGGUUAGAGAAGAAAAAGGAAUUGUCAGACAAGAUAUGUUAAAUCUACUUUUAGAAGCUAGAAAAGGAAUUAAAAAUGAAGAAAAAGAUGUUUAUGAAAUAGGUUAUGCGGCUGUUGAAGAAUCAUUAGAUAUAAGUAAAUUUAAGCAAAUAAAAGGCCUUACUGACGAUGAAAUAACAUCACAAGCUUUGAUAUUUUUCUUUGCUGGAUUUGAUACUAUUUCAACGGCUCUUUCUUUUGGUACUUACGAGUUAGCUUUUAAUUCCGAGGUGCAAGAGAAUCUAAGAGAAGAAAUACUCGAAACCCAUAAAGAUAAUAAUGGAAAAUUGACAUAUGAUAUUUUACAAAAGAUGAAGUACUUAGAUAUGGUUGUAUCAGAAAUUUUAAGAAAAUGGCCGGCUGCAGUAGCUGUAGAUCGAUCUUGCACCAAACCAUACACUAUCCAGCCUCAACGUCCUGGUGAAAAGCCAAUUUCUCUUAAAGUAGGAGAUAUUAUUUGGAUUCCGAUGCAAGGCAUCCAUAGGGAUCCAAAAAAUUAUGAAGAUCCUGAGAAAUUUGAUCCAGAGAGAUUCUCAGACGAAAAUAAAGGCAAAAUUAAGCCAUAUACUUACCUUCCAUUUGGAGUUGGUCCACGGAAUUGUAUUGGGUCCAGGUUUGCUUUGUUGGAAACUAAAGUUCUUUUGUAUCAUUUGUUAAGACAAUUUGAAGUUGUUCCAGUCACAAAGUCAGUUUACCCUUUAAAAUUAUCAAGAAGCUUGCAACAUGGGUCUGAAAAUGGAUUCUGGUUGGGUUUGAAAAAAUUAGAAGACUAAAAAUCAGUGAUUUUUUUGAUUAGAUUAUAAUUUUAUAUUAAUACGUUAUUGACAGUUUAUAAUGUAAUAGAUUUUAGUCACAAUAAAUGUAAUAUUCAAAGCA